GCCGCUCUGAUAACAAGGACCUUUAUAAGUCAGAUGAGCGGAGAAGUCACUCUGCAGACCCCUGAUCCUCAGGAAAAUAAACAUGCAUCUAAAAGUUGUGAUCUUCACCCUCUCAUUCUUGACCACUUCAGGUUACCCACUCCACCGCAACACCAGAGAAGCAACCUGGGCAGAUUUAAAGGAAAAUCAGUCUCAAGACAAGACAGAACUCACAAAAGAUCUGCACACACUCUACAAAAGCCACAUAGAUGACAAUGGUCUGUACAAUCAAGACGAUGACCUCAACAAGAACCCUAUGGCAGAAGAAAUGCAACGCAAACUCAACAUGGAGUCAGAGCGUCUAAGAGCCCGUCUGCGCCAAGAGCUGGCUGAGCUGCGAGCAAGGUUGUCCCCAUCUCCAGCUCACCUCAGCUCCACCCUGGACAGCAUGAGGGAUCGCUUGGCUCCCCUCACCCAGCAGCUCCAGAGCUCUCUCAGCAGCAACACACAAGAUCUGUGUGGGCAGCUGAGCCUCUAUCUGCAGGGCCUGGAGACAGUCGAUUCUCAGGCAGAGGUCAGUCCGGCUCACUACCAGGAAGCCUUUCAUUGGAUGGGCCAAACCCUGGAGCACAGCGGCUCUAAACUGGCUGACAUUAUUAGCGAUUUCCAGACUAAAUCCAUUGGGGUGAUCGAACAUCUGAAAGAGAUCAGUGCUAGUGAGGGAGAGGCAGCAAAAUCAGACCUCUGGCAGGAAAUGAGCUCCAGGUUGGGGCAGGAAGUGAACUCACUGAGGGUGGAGGCACAGAAUAGGGUGGGGUCUUUCAAAGCAGAGCUUGCCGCUCUGCUAGAAACUGCAAAGCCUCUGAAGCCUGAAGUGACAGAAAUUAUGGAGCGCUUCUGCCAAAAUGCAGCUCUGCAGAGCCAGAUGUUUCAGUCCCGGAUGGAGAAGCUGUUUGUUGGGCUAAGAGGUGAGCUAGAGGUCCAGGAAGCCCCAAGCCUGUUUCUCCCUUCCUCCUCCACAGAGUUAGGUGGCUCUUUGCAUGAGGAUUUCUCAGUCAAACUCUCUGCUCUGAUCCAGGACAUUCUGCAUUCAGUGCAGUGACAGAGACAAAUGUGCAUUUCAAAGAAAAGACAGAAUAGUCCCCAUUAUGGUCCCACUGAAACUAUUCAUUUGAAGUAUUUUUUGUCCAGGAUUUGGUUUUCUGUUUGCCUGAAAAAAGUAAGUAGCCUGUACAUAUUUAUGAAUAUAUUGAUUUCAUUUAAGUGUUUCUUUCAUUGUGUAUAUGAAUGAGUCAGUGUAUUAACUGUGUUGUGUAUAAAGAUGCUUCUUGUUAAAAGUAAAAAAAUUGAAGAUUGAAAAAAUCA